AUGGUUGAAUACCACAAUUACACGAAACCAGAUAAUAAAUGCUAUUUAAAGGUGUGGUGUGGUGGAAUAUCCAGUAGGUCUUUGGAAAUGGGGCGUCUCACAGCAUUGGGAAUAUUGGGUUUACUAGCCUCCACUUUAGCAGCGCCGACACCUCAGCUAUGCCUGUCUCUAACUCCAUGCUGUCUCCCCCCACCAUGCCCUACCCCGUGUCCACCUCCUUGUCCUCAACCAUGUCCUGAGCCUUGUCCUGAGCCUUGUCCAGAACCCUGCCCAUGCCCGGAUCCUUGCCCUGACCCAUGUGAAGGAGGACAACCAACUCCCUGUGGUGAUGGCCCAGUGAAAGUGGACGUGCGACGUACAGGAAUGGCAGAGCGUCUACGCAACCUCGGUUUCCAGUUAAUCCAGGUUCCAGGUGGAACUUUCUACGUGAAACCACAACCAGACGUGAUACUCACACCGCCACCAAUUCUCGUCCGCCCUGCUCCACUCAAACCCAUCUUACCACCAGCGAUAACUGUUCAGCCGCAGCAGUUGAGACCUAUCACCCCACCACCAAUUGUAGUGCGCCCACAGCCGCUACCACCAAUACACCCACCACCCAUCUGCGUUAGACCCAAACCCCUCUGCCCAAUACAGCCACCAACGAUAGUUGUGCGACCACCGCGUCCACAUCCGAUAACACCACCAUCAAUCACCAUUCGUCAACCACACCUACCACCGAUCACACCUUCACCCAUCGUGGUUAGACCACCAGCCCCAGCUACUAUUCAACCACCAUCGAUUAUCUUCAGAACAUCGGUAUUAGGACGUGGUGGUUCUAGUGGGUCUUACUCUGGUUCCACAUCGGUUUCUGGCGGAUGCGCUUCCGGUUCUAGCUACAACGGUGGUUACAGCUAUGGCGGGUACAAUCCAGGCAAUCCGUGCGACCCAUGCAACCCGUGCGGUGCAUGCAACCCCUGUGACACGUGCCCUCCCUCGCCAUGCGAUUCCUGUGACUCGUGCCCUCCCCCACCAUGCCCUUGUGAGCCCCUACCAUGCCCAUGCCAGUAA